AUGGCAAAUUUCAGAGAAGUUCUACAGAAGACAGCAAAUGCUUUUGUAGAAAAUAACACUCUCGCGGUGAAAAGAAUGGACACAUCCUUGCUCUCUGCAAUUCUGACAGAAGACUGCAUUCGGAUGUAUCGGCCCCUCUCCUUCAUCCAGAGGUAUCCGCAGUUCUUCAAGGCCCAGAUCACCAAUGCCGACUAUGAGGCCCAGAUGAAAGUCGAGCUCCAAACCAUGAAAGAGGUAUCUCAGAAAAUUACCAGGACCGUAAUCGACACAACUGAGCGCAGGGCUACUUUGUGGAGUGAGCAAACCAUUCUUACGGCCAACGGAUCUACCAGCAAGGUCGAAGUGAUUUGGGAUCUGAAUUUCUCGGAAGAUGGGACUCGUGUCUCGCAGGUCAUGGAGUUCGUGGAUACUUAUGAGGCUACUAAGGUGUUAGAGCAGAUGUUGGCUCAAGCAGGCGCCGAAUAA